UUCUGACAGACGACGCAUGAAAGAACAAAAGAAAAGGGAAAUAUUUUGUGGUGUCAACAUAUGAAUUUGUUUGGCUUUCAUUUUGUAAUAAUAUUUUAGUAAUUUAAAUUUUAAUUUGGAACUUGGGGAAGAUUGCGAGGACUAAUAAUACACUACUCUAAGUUGUCUCAUUUGAUUAAAUAUUUUUAACAGAAUUUGCCAUGGCGGAUCAGCAGCAGUUUUUCCUUAAGUGGAACGAUUUCCAGAGUAAUAUGGUGUCGUCCUUUAGGCAUUUAAGAGAUGAAAAAAGUUUCACAGAUGUGACUUUAGCCUGCGAAGGACAGACCUGCAAAGCCCACAAAAUGGUCUUGUCGGCGUGUAGUCCGUAUUUUAAAAGCUUAUUAGAGGAAAAUCCAUCAAAGCAUCCCAUCAUAAUCCUCAAAGAUGUAGCAUACAGUCACUUACAAGCGAUUUUGGAGUUUAUGUACGCAGGAGAAGUGAAUGUAAGUCAGGAGCAAUUGCCGGCUUUCCUUAAGACAGCAGAUAGACUUAAAGUGAAAGGACUAGCCGAAGCGCCACAAGCUAUAAAAAGGGAAUAAAGGUUUCUCCUGUUUUAAGUAAUUUUUUAGAUGGCAAGUAUGAUAAAAUAAGAGUUUUUAAUCACUUUUUUGCUGUUUACAACUAGUUUGAGUUUUCUGGUUUUUUUUGAGUCCAAACACAGUAAGUGCUCUUAAUAACAAUGUAAUUUUUAACGAAUGCAUCUACCUAUAAGUUUUAUCAGACUUGCUUUAUUAUACUCAAAAAAUGAUUUUUUCUUAGACUUUCAACUUUUUUUGUGAAAAUAAGGUUAAGGUCUUAGGCAAAAUGUAAAAGUCUGUUCAUAUAUAUCUACCAUUUUGCAAUAACUUUGUUACUCUUUGUUUUCGCUUACAAUAUUUGAAUGUCAAGUGAGACAUUGUUGGUCUAAAAUGCACAGUUUUUGAAAAGUAACUUCUCAUUGUCUUCAAAGGGGAUUUUUCAAUGAUUGGACUGGGUCAUGUGAUUCAUAUUUUUAUGACCAUUUUAAAAGUAAAAGUAUGAGUAUAAAAAUUGUGUGGUAUAGGUGUGGUAUGCUAUCUUUUUAAAUACUUUAAUCACUUAAUGGCAUCCCUCUUGAUUUUAUAGAACAGCCUUAAUUAAAUUUGGUUUUAAUACAAUGGUGCUCUGAAUAUUGAUUUGUGGUGAAUUACAUACAAUACUUGCCGGACUAUGUAAAGUAUAUAUGUUAAUAUGCUGAAGAGUGCAGGAAGAUAUUUGUUGUCCGGAAAUAUGGAUUUGCAUAGGUAUGAUCAAUUGCUCUUACCAUAUAUUAUUUUAUUAUAUGGCAGUGCACUUAUAGUUAAAGUUUGUCAAUAUUUUUAAGUCAGUUUUUGGGGCUUGCUGGUGUCAAAGAGUGAGGUUAGACUGUUUUGGGGGGUAUGCUUUGGCACUUUGAAUGACAUAUUGAGUUUUAUUGAACAAACUAUUGUGUAAAAGUAUGCCUCUGUCUGCUGCGUCAUUUGGGCGUUUGUUUGAUAUGACGCAGGGUUUGUUUUUGUGUAAUAAUUCUUUGAAUAAACUUCUUUAUGUUAAGGUUUUUUUUUGUAAUUUUUGCAAUAUAUAAUUUUUGUUUUUAAGGAUUCAGUAAAUAUAGUAAUUAAGCAUCAUGUAAUUCCUUGAUUUUGUAAAAACUUUGUUUAUAGUAAAUACAGAUAUAUUUACAGU